UAAUAAGUACACUUGUUCCCAGCUUGGACAGGGUACUGAAGCCGAGCCAGAAAAGCUCGCGGGUGUCUCCCGGGACGCGGCACCCUCUCGGGGAGGGAACACGCCCUCGGUCACAGCCCGUGCGGCCCGCGCCUUAGGUAACCUCGAUUCCGGGGCGGCGGCUCAGUGCGCACCGGUCCCCCCGCGGGCGCCAGCAGUCAGUCCAGCGCUCGCCGGCCCGCGGCUGCCGCUCGGCUCCCCGACCGACCGCGCCUUCCGCCCGCCGCCGCCCCUCUGCCAGCGGCCCGCCCAUGCUCUCGGCCACCAGGCGGGCUCGCCAGCUCUUCCACAGCCUGAUUCCUGUUCGGGAAAUGGGCGACUCCGCUUCUAAGAUGAUCAGCCCCCAGGAGGCCUUGCCGGGCCGGAAGGACCCGAUCGCCGUGGCGGCCAAACAUCAUGUCAAUGGCAACAGAACAGUUGAACCUUUCCCAGAGGGAACACAGAUGGCUGUAUUUGGAAUGGGCUGUUUCUGGGGAGCGGAGAGGAAAUUUUGGACCCUGAAAGGAGUAUAUUCAACUCAAGUUGGCUAUGCAGGAGGCUACACUUCCAAUCCAACUUACCAAGAAGUCUGCUCAGGAAAAACUGGGCAUGCCGAAGUAGUCCGGGUGGUGUACCAGCCAGAGCACAUCAGCUUUGAGGAGCUGCUCAAGGUCUUCUGGGAGAAUCAUGACCCGACCCAAGGCAUGCGCCAAGGCAAUGACCACGGCUCUCAGUACCGCUCAGCCAUUUAUCCGACCUCCGCCUCACACAUGGAGGUGGCCCUGCGAUCCAAAGAAGACUACCAGAAGGUCCUGUCAAAGAAUGGCUACGGCCCGAUCACGACCGACAUGCGGGAGGGACAGAUGUUCUACUACGCCGAGGAUUACCACCAGCAGUACCUGAGCAAGAACCCUGACGGCUACUGCGGCCUGGGGGGCACCGGGGUGUCCUGUCCGCUGGGCAUUAAAAAGUAACAUCUCCCCAUGUGGCUGGCCCUCGAAGUCACAGCAAACGCUUCAGACAAAUUGGGCAGUUCUGUGCUUCACAUCACUGGCUUUUAGAAACACAGGAAGCAAAGAGGGCUUGGUAAACACCUGGUUUAUUGAGGUGUGAUUUACAUGAAGCGCCAUGCCAAGUUGCUAACACGUAAUUUAUCUCCUAAUCAGCUGUGGUGGGAGUAGAGCUGUGAAAUUCUUUGGAUCAUUUGGGGUCUGAAUGAGGAUAAUGAAUACUCUGUUCACUUUUUUCCUGCUGUGGUGCCUGCCAUGGAAGCCAGGGAAGGAGGGGGAGACGUUGGGCCGGAUGGGGCAUGCUGGAAAUCCUCCAUCUGAGCCUAGGCCCCUCACACACCCUGCGCCCUCCAGUGCCUUAAAAUUCGCAAACAUUUAUAGCCUCAACGAAUCAUUCCCUGAAAUACUUUGCUCUCUGGCCUUGCACAUGUGUAAGGCGCGUUCUCUCUCCUCGGCCCUCCUGCGGCAGAGAACAUGGGUGUGAGCUUGAUGAAUUCUAAUGCGCUGCUUACAGCUAUGAGAAUUGCUUGUUCUAAUAAAGGCUACAAUCUAAUAAUACAAA